UGGGGGCUGGGCCGUGUCUGGAGGAGGUGUCGCCGCCGCCAGGGACCGGGCUCUCGCGCCUCGCGCCGGCGGCCGCAGGAAGGAGGUGCCCGCGCCGCCUCCCGCAUGGCUGCGCCGCCGUCCCUGGAGGAGGCGGCGGCCCCGGGACCCGCGCGACCCGGCAGUACCCAGGCCUCGCACCGGCUCUUGGCCUACAGCGACGCGCUGCUCUCCAUCAUCGCCACCGUCAUGAUUUUACCUGUGGCUCACACGAAGAUACAUCCAGAUCAGGAACUGGGUGAAAGUGUUCAGCAGCAGCUUCUAGCAAAAAUUGCAGUAUACCUGAUGACGUUUUUAAUAGUAACUGUGGCCUGGACAGCACAUGUGAGACUUUUUCAGGUGAUUGAACUCAUAGAUGAUGUCGUGGCUCUUCUAAAUUUGGCAUGUAUGAUGCUUAUAACUUUCUUGCCAUACACAUUUUCCUUAAUGGCCUCCUUUCCUGGUGUACCUUUUGGUAUUUUCAUGUUUAGCACUUGUGCUGUUAUCAUUGGUCUUAUCCAGGCAGUUAUAGUAGCAUAUGGAUUCUAUCAUCCAUACUUAUUGAACCACCAGAUACAGGUGUCUGAAAACAAAACCUUCUACAAACAUCAUAUCUUAAAGAUUAUUCUAAGAGGACCAGCCUUCUGCUUCUUAGCUGCCAUCUUCUCCUUCUUCUUUAUUCCUCUGUCUUAUGUGCUGCUUGGACUGGUUAUCUUUUUUCCACACCUCACUCGAUUCAUUAUAUGGUGUAAAAGUAAGGCUGUUGGUGUGAAAGAGGAUGAGGAGGAGCCUCAUAGCUUAGAGUCCUUCUCUUUCUACCUUAGUGAACCUUUGAGUAAAGAACGAGUGGAGGCAUUCAGUGAUGGUGUUUAUGCUAUUGUAGCAACCCUGCUCAUUCUGGACAUAUGUGAGGAUAAUGUUCCUGAUGCCAGAGAAGUUCAAGACAAAUUCCAUAGUAGUCUUAUUGAAGCUUUAAGCAAAUAUGGACCAAAUUUUCUUGCCUACUUUGGCUCAUUUGUAACAAUUGGCCUUCUUUGGUUUGUCCACCACUCACUCUUCCUUCACAUAACAAAAGCAACUAAACUAAUGGGACUGCUUAACACACUAUCAUUGGCUUUCAUUGGUGGGCUUCCUCUUGCUUAUCAGUUGACCAGUGAAUUUGCAGAAAAGUCUCGCAAUGAAAUAGAAACUAUUCAGGUCAGCUGUGUUAUCACUUUCUUUGCCAGCAUCUUUCAGUUUGCAAUUUGGAUCACAGCUCUCUUCCAUGAAAGAGAAACGUUGCAUCCUUUUGCUAGAUAUGGUGGCAAAGAACAUGCCUUUAUGUUUGCCAAGCUUGCCCUCUACCCUUGUGUCAGCCUUGGUGCCUUCUUUCUAACAUGCUUGUUAAGUAAAUUCAGCACAGAAAUUUUUCACCUCAUGCAGAUCAUAGUGCCCUUUGCUUUCCUUGCCCUGCGUAUCCUUGUCAGAAUCUCUUUGGUGGUCAUAAGGGCUAUGAUGAAUCUUUCCCAACGGAAGGAUGUGUCCUUGGAAGAAGAGGAAGCUUGUUUGUCUCCUGCAGAAACACUAUCAUAGAUUUCCGUGCUGUGCAUGUGAAAUUGUAGCAUAUUUUAAUUCUAACUUGCAUUAUUUUGGUGUACUGGAUGGCCUUGGUGUAUAACAGAUACUGGUUAUAACUGGGGCCUCUUUAAUUUUUACUCAUCUUCUUCAGAAAUGAAAGAUUUUAAAACUUGGCUGAGUGCAGGAGCUAAAAAACAGCCUGCUUUCUAUUCUUCGUGGACUAGUGGUGUAGCAAAAUUGCUGCUUGAAGCAUCGCUGCAGUGACAAUUGCUUUAGAAACACAUUUAAAAGGUAAGCGGCAUUAUCGCCUUGUUCUAACAAAGCUUACAGAAAUUACAGUGGCCCCAACAGCAAACUGGUUGGAAGUAAUUUGCUGCAGCUAGAUAAGGAGGUAGAGGGCAUCUUGGGGGAGCACCCAAAAAAACUUUUUUUUUUCUUUUUUUUCCCUUUUUAUCCUGUUUAGGUAAAUACCCAUCCCUCCCUCCCCACUCCCCCCAUCUCCCGCUGCCUCCCCCAGUUUCCAAAGUUUAAACCUUCAACCUUCCAUAAGGUGUGUUCAGAAGUGCUCUACGCACAUUUUACAGCACUGUAAUUUAGAGUAAUUUUUAUAGCACUAUAAAUUUACAGUGCUCUUAAACAUGACAGAAGUGCAGUGUUUGGUAGUGGGGAGGGGAGGGAUUGAGCAUCCCUGCACUUUCCAGGCUAUGAGGCAGGUGGUGCUCCACAGCUUCCUGAGGCUUCUCCGCUGGUCAAAAAUUUGACUAGUGUACAGAAGUUAUUUAAAGCACUGUAGGUUGCUAAAGUGCUGUAAAAUGCCAUGCUUGAAAUUUAAUACCUCAUUUAACAAGGGUUAAUUUAAAGUGCUAUGCCCAUUUUUAAAAUGCUGUAAAGCCAUGCACUUUUGUUAAGUCAGCAAUAAAGUGCUUUAAAUGGUGAAAAAGCAAUUCCUGUACACACCUACAAAGCCCAUCUGUUUUUUGGCUGCACUUCAAAAGCUUCUUUCUUUGGGCUUGCUCUGCUGAACAUGUGCUUAAAUUACACAGAGGCCACACAUUCCCCUCCGAUCUCCCCAGACUGCCUUAACAAAAAUGAAAGUCCAUUGUCAGUUCCAUUGUUGUUGUUUUUUUUAAUAUAUUAAAUGCAAUCGUUUCAAGGGGGAUGAAACAAAGAAAUUUUUCAGGGAAGAAACAAAGAAUAUUCAGGGAAGAAAUUUUAAUAUCUGUGGCACCAUCAGUAGCUUUGACUCUUGUUUCUGAAAGAAAUCUGCCAGACAGGGUAAUGAAAGAGGGGUCCAUGAAGUUUUGACUCCUCUUUUCUGUCUCUGCAAAACCUGUGGGGACCAAAACAAAGAGGGAACUUCUCCAUCAGGCUCCAUAGGGAAGUCCAGUAUACAUGUCAGCAUCUGAGAGGCAUGGUGUAGAGAACACAAGAUUUCUCUACUAUCUAUCCCAGUUCCUGUGUGAAGGAGUUGACCCUUUCUUACCUAGCUAGCAGCUACCUAUGGAGUUAGCUCAGUAUCUAUAGGCCAGACAGUCCUAGUAAGAGGGUGAAGGGAAAUGAUGCAACAGGAGAAGAUGAAGUUGCUGAAUUUUUGCUUUUAGGCUAUGUGCCUUUCCCCUGAAGACGUCUGCAGAGUUGGGAGCCAUUACUUUGCAUUAUGAAUUAUCUGAGUGCCUGAUACCUCUGCCACUGUUUAAAACUACCCAAUAGGCUCUUACUUCUCCUUAAAAGUAUCAUAGCAAAAAACAAAUACAUUACUUAUAGUGGAAAAACCAUUUAUACAAUUUUGUCCAGUCCAGAAAACACUUGUGAUUUUUUUUUUUUUUAGUUCAAUGCACUUUAGUGUCAAAAAGUAGUCAUUGGUGUUAUGCACCUAUUGCAGGCACUGUGUCUUAAGGUAUGAAGAUUUAUUUUUUGUACCUGAUUGUUCAGUGGUUUACAGUGGGGUUGUGCAUUAUAUUGUAUGUUGCUGUUCACUGUGAGAUAUGAUUAAAGUCAUUUUUUAAAUCUGUUUUAUUUCUUCCUUUUUCAUGCUGCUGUACAACUGAUACGUGUUCACAAUUAAUUCAGAUCAACUAAAAAAAAAAAUCAUUUAACAUUCUAUUUCUGUUCUUCGUAUGAAAUGAAAAUCUUAUGUUUAAAAUUAAAACAGUGUAUUGGGAAUACUCCCCCCUUCCCCUUGCUUAAAGUUAAAGAUAGAACAACAAUUGUUUCAUCUUUGGACUGGAAACUCAAUGUAUUUACCUAGACAUAAAUGUUUCGAAUGGUGAUAUGUUCCGACAACAGAAUGAAUUUAUAUGGUCCUCGUUAAAAGUCCUUUAAUUA